AUGGCAUCGAAUUCUAUAAAUAAAGAUUUUUUACGUUCGAUUACAUGUACACAUCCACCAUCAUCAUCAACUAUGAUCAAUAAUAAACAUAAAACAAAUUCAUUUUUAUUAUCAUGUUGUACUUGUUCUCGAACAUAUAAAAAAUCUCAACAAUUAAAUACAAAUACACAAUUAGAUAAUACAAGAAUAACAACAGAAGAUGCAAAAGUUGAUGUACACAAAGGAUUUUUUAAACGUAUUCAAUAUUUUAAAGCACAAAAAAGACAAAGUACUGCUCGUAAACAACAGCUGGCAGCGGUCGCUGCUGCUGUGUCAACUACAACAGUGUCAAAAGGACAAACUAGAAACGAAAAUGAAAAAUUAAGUAAUGAUAAUGAUGAACGAUCAUCAAAUAUAAGUCCUCCAUCAUCAUGCCAACAUGCGGCGAAUGAUACAUAUAUGAAAACAUAUUCACAUCGUCCAAUACGUAAUUCACAAUCAAUUCCAUUACUUAAUCGACAUGAUAAUAUAACAACACGUCUUACUUCAAUUCCAUAUGGUAUAGGUGGUUUAAAUAAUGGUCUUGAUUCUUAUUCAUUUACAGAUAUUGAAGUUGCAUCAUCAAUAAAUGAUGAUAGAAAUCAUAGACAAAAACAAAAUCUACCUAAACCUAUAACAACAAAUGAUCAAUCAAUAUCAAUUGAUAUGGAUCAUCGAAAUGAUGAUGAAUUACAAAGUGCAACACCAAAAAGUUUUGCAUCAAGAGAUUUUUCAUCAGUAACAACAAAUCUUUCAGCAUAUUCAACGCAAAGUUUACUUCGACGACUUCUUGAUAAAGCUCAAGUAUUAAAUGAAUAUUAUAAUGAUGUUUGUAAUAAAACAACAAUUCAAUCACCAUUAUCUAUUUCAACAAAACGUUCAUCAUCAAUAUCAACAAAUUCUUUAUUAGGAGGACGAACGGGUGCAACACCACGUUCAUUACUUCAUCGUGAUCAAUCAAAUGAAUCCAUUAGAAAAUUACGACGUAAACAUCGAAGUAUUUAUGAUAAUAUGUCAAAUGAUAGUUCAAGAUUUAAUUUAUAUGCUGAUGAAGAUAAUGUAUUAAGAGAAUUAAUUCGUUUUAAUAAUGAUAUUGAUCUUAUUUUAUCACGUCUUGAAAUGGAAAGUGGAACUACUGGUCAACAAAAUACAAAUAGUAAUGAGAAUAAUAAUGAUAGACGAUAUUCAUCUAGUACACAAGCAUUACUUGAUGAUAAUGAUCAAGAUAAUACAGAAUCAAAAUUAGAUGAUUUAAGAAAUCUUAUUCAAGCAGCAACUAUAUAUCCAAGUGAUGAUUCUGGCCUUGCGGCUAGUCCACAAAUUGAUGAUCGAGACGAAACUGAUCAGACAAAUCUUCAAUCAAACGAAGUAAUAACAAUGCGUACGAAUACAAAUGAAAUAAAUAUUCAUUUACUACUAUCAAAUGAUAUUAAUCGUUUACGAGAAACAGCUCUAUCCAAACUAUUGAAAUUAGCUCAGCAAAAUUGUAAUCAUGAUAGUAUGCAUAAUCAUGAUACUAUAACUUUAACAAAAUUAAAUAAACUCCCGAAAGCAACAACAUGGAAAGGCAAACGUGUAUUUGGUGUUCCCUUACGUGUAUAUCAACAAACAACAGGACAAAUUCUUCCUGUGGCAAUUACAAAUGCAUUACAAUAUGUUCGUAUGAAUGCUGGUAAAUGCGAAGGAUUAUUUCGUAAACCAGGUGUUAAAUCAAAAAUCGAUCGUUUACGUGCACAAAUUGAAACAAUAAAUGAUAAUAAUGGCGAAUCAUCAUUAGAUACAAUUAAAUUCGAUGAUUAUCAACCAUUUGUUGUUGCUGAUGUUAUUCGACAAUAUUUUCGUGAACUACCUGAAUGUCUUAUGCCACCUUCAAUAACACGUUUAUUAUGUGAUUUAAUUAAAUGUGCAACACAAGAAGAACAAUUAAUAGCAAUACGUUAUGCUUUUUUAUUAUUACCAGAUGAAACACGUGAUGUACUUGAAACAAUUCUACGAUUUUUACUUGAUGUUUCAAUACGAUCUGGUAAUAGUCAGAUAACUUGUCGUAGUUUAGCACGUAUAUUUGUCCCAUCUGUUUUUCAAUCCUAUCAUGAUAUGCAUAAUACAACAUCGAAAGUUCUUUGGUGGAAAUGGAAAAAAGAUAAAUUAGAUGCAAUACAACAAGAAAGUGAACGUUUGACACUUGAACUUUGCUUAAUGACAAUGAUACUUAAUGUUGAUUUACUUUGUCGAGUUCCAAAUACACUUUCGGAUGAACUUAAAUUACCAACAUUAAGAAAAACAAAACGUCUUGAUGAUCUUGUUCGUAAUGCAUGCAAUGGAGAAUUUCAUAUGAAAAAAUAUAUUACAAAAGAUAGUGAACAAUUUUUACAACGUCUAUCAAACACAAAAUUUAAAAAUAUUCAAACAAAUAUUGAUGAUGUUGAUAUAUCAAUACAUAAACCUUCAAAUGUAAAUUGUGAUAAUGAUGAUAUAAAUUUACCAACAUGGAAAUGUUCUAUUGAUAUUCCGAAUACAAAUGUUAAACAAGUUUGUCAAAGAAUUUUACAUGAAAGAUAUUUAUGGGAUAAUCAUUUUGCUGAAAGUCGAACAGUUGAAAAAAUUGAUGAUGAUAAAGAAAUCGUGCAAUAUGUACUGAAUUUUCUUGAUCUUGUACCUGUUCGAUCAUUUUGUGAAUUUCGUUUUUCAAAAAAAAUUACAUCUCGUUCAAUAUCUGACACAACCGCAAUGCUUAUUGGUGCGAUAUCAAUUGAUCAUUUACAAAAUCAUUUUCUACCAGGUAGUAUUGGUAUAACUAAAGAUAUGCAUUAUUAUAUAACACCCUCAACGACACAACCAGGAUAUACAACAGUUACUCAAGUAGCUUGUGUUGAUUUUAGUGGACGAUCAUCUCAAUGGUAUGAAAAUGUUUUUGGUUGUUUAUUAGCACAUAAUCUUAUAUCAUUACGAGAUACAUUUACUAAUGCCAAAAUAGUUAAAGUUUAA